CAUCGGGCCGCACGGGCGCUACGUGUUCACCGUGGACGUGCCGCAGGUGGCCGCGCACUGGACCGUGUCCGCCUUCAGCAUGGCGCCCACCGGCGGGCUCGGCAUGCUGCCCGCCAUCCACUACACGGGCAUCCUGCCGUUCUUCAUGAAGGUGGAGGGCCCCGACGAGUGCCGCCAGGGCGAGCAGGUGGGGCUGCGCGUGGUGGUGUUCAACUACCAGCCGCAGGACGUGGAGGCCGUCGUCGUGCUGGCGUCCUCGCCCGACUACAAGUUCGUGCACGUCGAAGAGAACGGCAUUGUUCGGUCGUACAACCCGCGCACGUCGUUCGGCGAGCACCAGUUCUUCGUGUACAUCGCGGCGGGCGACGCGGCCACGGUGUACAUCCCCGUGGUGGCCACGCGGCUGGGAGCCAUCGACGUCGACAUCCACGCCGCCACGCUGCACGCGCUCUACCGCUCCACCAAGACCAUCCGCGUCGAGGCGGACGGUCUCCCCCAGUACCGGCACCAGUCCGUGGUGUUGGACCUGUCGAACCGCGCCUACGUGUUCCAGUACAUGCACGUGAACGUGACGGAGACGCCCGUGAUCCCGUACGAGGUGGACCGCUACUACGUGUUCGGCUCCAACAGAGCCCGUGUCACGGUCGUGGGUGACGUGGUGGGCCCGCUGUUCCCCACCAUGCCCGUCAACGCGACCAGCUUGCUCAAUCUGCCCAUGGAGUCUGGCGAGCAGAAUAUGUUCAGCUUCGCGGCCAACAUGUACCUCACGAUGUACAUGCGGCUCAUCAAUCAGCGAAACCGCACGCUGGAGCGAGAGGCCUUCAACCACAUGAACGUGCUCUACCAGCGACAGAUGUCCUUCAUGAAGCCCGACGGCUCCUUCUCGCUGUUCCGGAGUGACUGGAACCAAUCAUCGUCGAGUGUUUGGCUGACGUCAUUCUGCGCCAAGGUAUUCCAGGAAGCGUCAUUCAACGAGUGGGAGAACUACAUCUAUAUCGAUCCCAACGUCAUAUCGAUGGCGGUGUCGUUUGUACUGGAGCACCAGACCCCGGAGGGAGCUUUCUACGAGGUUACCUGGCUCCCGGACCGCAACGCUAACUCCACCAUCAUCGUGCCCAAGGACAGUCAGUUGUAUCGGGAGGCAGGCGAGCAGCUCAAGGGAGAGGAGGUGAACAACUCGAUUGUGGUGCAGCGGAACAUCACUCUGACGGCGCAGGUCAUCAUCACGCUGGAGUCCGUCAAGAACCUCAAGGACAUCGGUAUCGCGGAGGGUCUGAGUGCGCGCGUGUCUACGGCACAGCAACUGGGCGUGGCGUGGUUGGAACGGCACCUGCGGCUGCUGAGCGAGUGGGCGGAGCCUUACGCGUUAGCCGUGGUCGCCUACGCGCUCACCUGCGCUAAGGCACCUAGUGCUGAGCACGCCUACCGCCUGCUAAAGCGUCGCCAACGCUCUGAAGGUGGCCUGGUAUACUGGGGUAAGGAGGCAGUGCCUCCGCCCCCGUACAAGAUGGAGAAUCAGAAGCCGUUCCUGCUGCCGCGGCUGCCCUACGUGUAUGAUUCUAACAACAUUGCCACCACUGCGUACGCGCUACUGGCUUGCAUGGACCACCAGGACAACAACGAGGCGAUUGUGAUGUGGCUGAACGCACAGAGACUCCGUGAUGGCGGCUGGGCUUCGACGCAGGACACAUACAUAGCGCUCCGGUCCCUCAUCGAGUACACGAACAGGAAGCGAUUGAGAGACGUGAGCGCGCUGACUGUGACCGUGGACGCGGUCGCACUCAACGGCAGCACGAAGACGCUACACGUGCGUAACGAUGAGCUCGGGAUCAUGCAGAGUGUGGACAUCCCGGAGGCGUGGGGCACGGUGAAAGUGACAGCUCGCGGCGCGGGGCUGGCCGUGCUCCAGAUGUCGGUGACGUACAACGUGGACGUGGCGCGCUUCCAGACGCCGCCGCCGCGAGCCGCCUACUCGCUGCUGGCGCGGGCGCACUACCACGGACGGAACCAGUCGCACGCGCAGUACCAGACCUGUGCGAGUUGGACGCUGCUGGAGGAGUCGCCUCGGUCGGGCAUGUCGGUGAUGGAGGUGACGAUCCCGACCGGCUACAUGAUCCAGCAGCAGCGACUCGACGCGUACGUUCUGUCCCGCACCGUGCACACGCUGCAGCGAGCCAAGUACACGCCCACCAAGAUAUACUUCUACUUCGACUACCUCGACCGGGAGGUGACCUGCGUCAACUUCACAGUGGAGCGCUGGUUCCCGGUGGCCAAUAUGUCGCGGUACCUGCCCAUCCGGGUCUACGACUACUACGCACCAGAGCGAUUCAACGAGACGAUAUUCGACGCACUGCCGAUGUAUCUCCUCAACAUCUGCGAGGUGUGCGGCUCCUCCCAGUGCCCGUACUGCUCCGUGUACAACGCCGCUGCCGUGCUGUCGGGCUCGCUCGUCGUCUCCGUCGCUGUUGUCUUACUAGUGCACAAUAUACUGGCUAGAAUAGUCACCUAACAAUGAACAACACGCAUUAUGUAUCUCGAUCACUGACCUAUACUGACCUGUAAUACCACUGAACAGGCUGUUCUAUUUGUUUGACAGCAAAAAUUUUUGUGCCUAUUUGAAGCGCCACUCGCGAGCGUUCAGAGAACUAAUUUUGACGUAUAAUACAAAUGGCUGCGAAUGAACGUAUAAUACUCUGAAGUAUUUUUGCAUUUUGAAUUAAUUUCGUUCGUUUUCCGUGUUAUUUAUGCUGAAGCAUAUAUCUUGAAAGAUACAACGUAAUUAAAUACACAAUUAUUUUUUGUACAUAGUAUCCCAUAAUCUAUCUUAGCUGAGGUUGUCAUCACUAGUUUUAGUACCGCUGACUCUCGCUACAUGGCCAACACGCCAAAACAGCGAAUAUCAAACAGGCACAAAGCACUUUGACAGCCGCCAGUCUAGUGGUAUAUAGUAGAGAUCAGUGAUCUCGAUAUAUACCUUAAAAUCAACAUGAUUCUUCGACGAAACGUUUGACUUCACAUUUCGUGUUCAUAAAUACUACUCAAUAACCAUAGUCGUUCAGUCCCAGUAUCUCUUUGUUUCUAAACUUAAGUUUAGAAAUUUUUACAAAAUCAUGAUAAAUCUUACAGCCGAGCUGUCAUUUUAAUGUUAUGGCUGUGAUAGUGUCUUGUGACAAAAUAUGAAAAUAUUUUGUAUAAACUACAUAGGCUCUCGUGUGUAUGUGUCUUAUCAAAAAUAAUUGCCUCCCCACCCUUAUCGGGACUUCUCUAGACGUAUAUUUUAUAAUAAUAUUUUUAAAAGGCAGAUUACAGUAAUGCUACAAUUUUUUUCGAUUUCUCUUCUAUAAUCUCGGUACGCGUCUAUUAAGUUUCGAAAACAAUAGUAAUGCAAAUUAAUGUAUUUUUAAAAAUCUACUUCGGUGGCCGAUUAUGACGUCAUGUUCAGAAAUUAAUGAUAACGCGUAAUUUAAAGCCGCUUCCGCUGAGCCUUGUUUUCGUAUUUGUUAAAACAAAAACAUAUUUUAUAAACAGAUUAAGGGCGUGGCUUAACAGUUUUGUUAAAUAAAUGUUAACCGCGAGAAAUGGAUAACAUCACCCGCGUUCGCCUGUGGGGAGGGAAAUUAACGCAUAAUUUGUAAGCGUUCCACUGAAUGAAGAUAUCAUUUGUACCUAUCAUUUGUAGCUAGCGAUAAUUCUAUUUGGUUUUCUUGUGAUGGAGUUAGUAAAAUACUUUGUUUUUCCAAUUAGCUUGGCCUAUUGACGUAUUUACUUAUCUCAAUAUUUAAAUCAAAACUGGGUCCUUUUUUAGAAUAUUUUUUUCAUUAUAUUCUUUGACUCUUUACUGUGUUAUCAUGUCCACAGAGAGCAGUGAAUGUUUCUCAAGUAAUUUUUUGUUGAAUAACUCCUUGUUUCGGCGGCUAUUUCCUGAUCACACAAAAGUAUUUAAUUGGCAGUUUCAUUUAUUUGUAUACUUAAGUAUAUCUAUGUGUUUUCACAAAAUAACAAUAUGUGACGCCAGGUAGCUAUUAUUAUUGUAAUAUUGAUCGUUAUAACUAGAAUUACGAGUAAUAUCUUAGGUUAUGACUGUGUGAACAUUGUGCAAUUAUGAGACAAUACCAGUGAUAAGUCACUUAGUAUUACGUGAAUACAAAAUUUAUUUAUAAAAUGAUACAACAAUAUUUACGAUUUGGCAGAAUUUACAAAAUAUCUAAAAAUAUUAUUUUAGUCGAAACAUAUCUUGUUGAUGAAAUGUUUAAUGAAUUCUCUAGGGUGUAGAAGCGAGUUCACAAACUAAUUAUUAUUUUGUAUGGUAUAAGUAGUCCAAUCUGUACGUAAAAUAUUCCCUUUGUAGUUAAGCCGAUUUAAUAUUACGUUAUUCGUUUUCUUGCGACGAAAGCUUGUUAUAUCGAAACCAUACAUUUCUGUACUUUGUGGGUACUAGAAACGGAAUAUUUGACACGAUUAAUUCCUUUAUGAUAUUUAAAACUUUUGAAAAGUUGUAUUUCUGGGCUCAUCAAUAUAGCCAGUAGAUUUAGAGCUACAGAACACGGUAGAAAACGUAUGACACAUAAUAUAUAAGUGCAGGUAUCAGGCUGAAUAUAUACAUAUAUAUACGUGGACAGAUUGGACUAAGCCAUAGAAAGACCUGUGUUUUUAUCAUAAUUAUUCAAUAUUUUUUUUAAUUUUAAAAUUUAAUUCAAAGCCGUUUCAAUGACAAUGAACUUGUGACAGUGACGUCUACUGAAGUAGUUAUUGUAGUCAUGUCGAGGACAUCACUAGGUUUGCCACAUAUUAUUAUAUUAUAGAACCACCGUUUAGAUUGUAUGAUACUUUUUAUUCUGUAUUAUAUUUAAAUUGUGCAAAUGAUUUUAUAAAUACUAUCGUAAGUCUUUUACAAUAUCACCAUACUUCUUUUUGUUCUACUUUCAAUUAUAUGUUUUUGUGCAAGUAGUUAUACCUGAUGUAAAUCAGUAUGAUCUGUCCAUAUCAGUAAUCAAAUGAUUCGUAAUGCAAUACAAAAAGUCCUGUGGCGUAGCAUACCGCGAUACGACCCCCACAUCGCGCUGAGCCACUUCAGAAAUGAUAUAGUCAUGAAAAGUACUAACGUUAAAAGAAAGCAAGAAAGCAUAAAAGUAAAAACUUUAUCAAUGCGACGUUAAUAAUAUGAAAUACUCUCUCAAAUUAACUCUUAUUUGAUUUAAAUAUGUAACACUUGGAUGCCAUGCAUUUAAUUUAAAUAAGUAUAACUAUGUUAACUUCCAUUCCGACUUAGCUUUUAGUUGAAGUGUUCAUAGACAUAAGCCUUAUCCCGAGAGCGGCACAACACUAGAGUGCGUUCACUCUCAAAUAUUAUGUCGUGCUCGCAACAUUGUUUAUAUUUUUUAAUUUAGUUGUACUUUACAAAAUAUUAGACAUUUCCAUCUCGUGUAUAUAUAAAUGGUGCUUCUUACCGCUUCUUAUUAUUAAUUGACUUAUUUAACUCGUAUUUCGAAGUUAUACUUCUUUAGGCGCGUUAUGAAAAAGUGAUGAGAGUGAAAUUUUAAGAUGCGCGCGCAUCACUAUAACACAGAAGUAACAAGUUGUAUUUGGUUCCUAAAAUUUUCUGACGUUUGCGUCAUUCGAUUUUUUCUGUAUUAGGAUAGGCAAAGGGUUCAAGCCCAUACAGCCGUAUUCAUUAUUGAAUAAUUAAUUGCCAAAGCCCUCCUGGCAAAAUUUUUUAAUUCUAAAAACGUAGAAAAGCACAAGGAAUAAAUCAUUUUAAUUAUUUUUGCUUCGUUAGGCCAGAGAAGUAUAACUUCUUCCGUGCAUACAUAAGUACACACACACUUUUUUUUAUAUAUUUCUUACCGCAAUGUGGAUAUAUCUGACAGAAAAAUCGGUCACUUUUGAUUGGCAACAGCAAUAUUUCCAAAUUUUUGAAAAUUAGUAUUCAGUAGUAAAGCAAGUAAUGCAAUGCCUUGCCUGUAUUUAUGUCUUUAAGGCAGCUCCAAUUUAUAAACAAGCAUGUAAAUACUUUAAGUAUGAAAUAUGUAGAAAUAGUUUUAUCGUGAGAUAAGAAAAAAUAUAUCAUACAUAUUGUGUCAUUAAAUAUAUGCCUUUCGUAAUGGUUGUUAAAAAUUAAGAAUAUUUUAUUUGUCGAAUGGCGCCUUAUAUUACACAUGUUAUGGACAAUUUUGUAUAGGGUAUUUUUUAGGAAUUUUACAUAAAUACAUUCAUAAGUAUAUUUGGAGUACUGAGAGAUGAAUGGAACUUUUAUAUAACCGUUUCAUUUUACAACUAAGAAAUUCUAAGGAAUAUAUGUAGUCGUCAUAGAGUGCUCCAUUAUAUUCCAAUCCACUCGUGUGUCCAUUUUGAUUGGCUGACUAAAAUGUAUGGUAUUAAUAUUUUGAUUCUGAAGUGUACAAAUAACACCCGUCCAAAAGUCUAGCAAUAUUGAAUCUCAUAUGACAACAAAUAUCAUAUUUAUUUUAUAAUUAUUGUAAUUAACAUUAAAAAUGCAUGUUACUUAACGUAGUAUCCGUCCAAAAUGUACCAAUGACUGAUUUUUUUAUAUUAUAUUUGUUUUUGUGUGUGUUAUUCUUAUAGUACUGUGUAGAAUGGAAUAUUGUAAUAGGAUAGAUAGAAGUAUUUUGAAUAAACGAAUUCGUAUA